AUGACCCUCGAGACACCAAGGGGGUCUCCUCCAUCUGCAGGAAGCUGCCCCAAGAGAGCCCUCGACCACCACAAAGGGCUCUCUAAUUGCAGGUGGCGGCUGCUGUCCGGCGCGCAGCAGGAAGCAGGGCAAAAGAAGCAGCUGCAGGAGCUGUACCAGCUGGGCCCGCAGCUGGGCAGCGGCGGCUUCGGCACCGUUUUCUCGGGCAUGCGCCUCUCCGACGGGAGCCCGGUGGCCAUCAAACGCGUGGCCCGGGAGAGCGUCCUGCAGUGGGACGAGCUGCCGGACGGCACCCGUGUUCCAAUGGAAAUCGUGCUGAUGGAGAAGGUGGGCUCUGGCUGCCACUACAUCAUCCAGCUCCUCGACUGGUUUGAGCUGCCUGACAGCUUCGUGCUGGUCAUGGAGCGUCCAGUGGCAUCACAGGAUCUCCUGCAGGUCCUGCUGGAGCAGGAGCUCCUGUGCGAGGAGAUGGCGCGCUGGCUUUUCUGUCAGGUGCUGGAGGCCGUGCGGCACUGCACUGCCUGUGGCAUCCUGCACUGUGACAUCAAGCUCCAGAUCCUCAUGAACCCGGAGAGUGGCGACCUGAAGCUCAUCGACUUCGGUUGCGGCACCUUCCUCCAGGAGCGACCCUACACACAAUUUGCCGGAACACACGGGUACAGCCCACCCGAGUGGAUCGCCCUUGGCUGCUACCAUGGCCAUUCGGCAACCAUCUGGUCCCUGGGCGUGCUGCUGUACGUCAUGGUCUGCGGGAGCCUCCCCUUCUGGGGCGACCGUGGCAUCGUGUCGGGGCAGCUCUUCCUUGGGCACCAGGUCUCUCCAGAGUGCAAACAUCUGAUCCGCUGGUGUUUGGCCAAGCACCCCGCGGACAGGCCAGAGCUGGAAGAGAUCUUCUGCCACCCUUGGGUGCGGGGCAGGCGUUUCUGAUGCCUUGCCAGAACCUGUGCAGCACCCAGUUACCACGUCCCACGCAGGACCCCAAAAAUAAAACAAGCACAAACCCAU